UCACAUUGUUAUUCGAAAUGCCUUAACAUAUAAAAGAUGUAUAAUGUUUUUAAAUAUAGCUGAAUAAUUGUACAUACGAAAUCAUGAGUAAAACGAAUACAUCGUGGCGCCAUCUUUCUGUGCAAAAUAAUCGCGGCUGUAAUAUUUUUUUAUAGCCGCUUUGGUUAGUGUUCCCAGUGUUUCAUAUGUUCAUAUCUCCUGUGAACACGGGACGUGUCAAAAUGUACAUAACGCCCACAUGUCAAAAAAUGCACAAAGUACUAUGAUUUUUUAUUUAACUGAAAUUUUAGAUGUGUGGCGAAUACGGUAAUGAUAAACGCAAUGCUAAAGGUUAGUCGUAAUAUUGUAAAAUAAUUUGUGAAUAUUUGCGUAAGUUAUAAAAAUGUUGAGGCGACGACACGUAAAUGUUAAGACUGUUAAGGAGCUGGAUGCAUUCCCGAAAGUUCCUGAGUUAUAUGUUGACAAAACUGCUGUUGGGGGAACAUUUUCUAUUUUUACAAUUUUUAUUAUCGCGUAUUUGAUAAUAGCUGAGACAAGCUAUUAUCUGGAUAGCAGAUUACAAUUUAAAUUUGAGCCAGAUACUGAAAUUGAUGCAAAGCUGCAAAUCAAUAUUGAUGUAACAGUGGCAAUGCCAUGCGGUCGUAUUGGUGCUGAUGUUUUAGAUUCUACAAAUCAGCAUAUGAUAGAUUUUGAUUCUUUAAAGGAAGAGGAUACAUGGUGGGAAUUGACGGCGGAACAAAGAGCACAUUUUGAAGCUUUGAAGCAUAUGAAUUCAUAUUUAAGGGAGGAGUACCAUGCUAUUCAUGAACUGCUCUGGAAGUCUAAUCAAGUUAUUCUUUACAGUGAAAUGCCAAAGCGAACGUCCGAGCCGGAUUAUGCACCAAACGCCUGCCGUGUUCAUGGUAGUCUAAAUGUUAACAAAGUCGCAGGUAACUUUCACAUAACUGCGGGAAAGUCAUUGUCCGUGCCACACGGUCAUAUACACAUUUCCGCGUUUAUGACAGAUCGAGAUUAUAACUUUACUCACAGAAUCAAUAGAUUUUCUUUUGGCGGGCCUAGUCCAGGCAUAGUGCAUCCCCUUGAAGGUGAUGAGAAGAUCGCAGAUAACAAUAUGAUGCUUUAUCAGUAUUUUGUUGAAGUUGUCCCUACAGAUAUUAGGACGUUAUUAAGUACGUCCAAGACGUACCAAUAUAGUGUCAAAGAUCAUCAGAGACCAAUUGAUCAUCACAAAGGAUCUCAUGGAAUACCUGGGAUUUUCUUCAAGUACGAUAUGAGUGCACUUAAGAUAAAAGUGACUCAGGAACGUGAUACAAUCUUUCAGUUUUUAGUAAAAUUAUGUGCCACUGUUGGUGGUAUUUUUGUUACAAGCGGAUUGAUUAAGAACAUUGUACAAAGUUUCUGGUAUGUUGUAAGCUGUAAAUUUUUAAACUUGGAGAAGGCAGAUAAUCGUGGAUCAUCUGUCCCAUCACAUUCCGUAGGUUAUCAGUCCGAUACUAUAAAUUUACUUGAUGUUGCAGCCCCUCAAAGUAUUGAUAUCAUGAGACCUCAAUAAAAAUUUGUAUUAUAUA